CUGGAGGUCAACGACUAAGAUGUUCACCAUCGAGGAUGCUGUUGGACAGAUGGUUGCAUGGCCAGCAAAGAAGGUGAUUAACCUUGAAACUGGGCAAGAAGCACGAGACAAUACCCAUGAACAAAGCUUAGAUUAUAACAUGAACAAAUGCAAACUGCUAGAUUUGUCAACAAAUUGUGUAAUUGUUGCUGAAGGACGUUGGGAGUCGAAAGAACCAAAAGCUUUGGUUAAUGGAAUUCCAAUCGGUUCAAAGGGAGUUAAAGUAUUUCUGGAUGUGGUUCAUUUCCCUGAGACAUUUGUAUGGAAGCCUACAAUGGAGAAGUCACACUUGGAAGAUUGUCUGAACUCUUUUGUAGCAUGGCCUAUUAACAAAAUUGUCUUCGAAGACGCCAUUGAUGCAACAGGUCAGAAAACUCUUUUCUGUAACUCUGCAUCGACGACUGAGCAAAUUUCAAUACGGAAAUCAGCAACAACAGAUAAACAAUCUACUGCAAAGGGAUCUAAAUCUCGUGAUGCCACAUCUCCAGCAACAUGUUCGAGGAACUCAACUGUAGCUGCAUUUUCAAAAACGCAAGUUGAGAAGUCUCAAAUAGCAGUGGACAAAUCUCCAAAAAAGAAACCUCGACUAGCUCCGCAGUCUCCUACUCGAAGAUCUCCGCGUAAACAUGGCGAAGAAGUUAUUAAGGAGAAUCAGAAGUGCAUGUUCAUGGAUAUCAAAGGUGGGAAGCGGGUUGUUGCAAAAGGACGUGUGCAUUCAACAGAUCCACGGAAAAUGGUUCAUUGUGUUCCCUUGGGGCCUAAUGCAGCUAGUGUGUGGGUUGAUGUGGUGAAAGUAGAUGAUGCAGUAGUUUGGAGGCAAUCUGAUGAAAUGACGAUUAUUAAAGAUGCACAUGGUUCACCUGUUGCAUGGCCGUUGGAUAAAUUGGUCUUCUAUUGAAAUUUAUCACAACUGAGCUAGGGGAAUGAAGAAACUUGGUCCAGGUUAG